AUGUCCCGCAUAUUGAUAACAGGGGCAACAGGCUACAUUGGCGGCGACGUCCUGUGUGCCCUUACACAGGCAUUUCGCUCGUGCAAGCUCACGGCCCUCGUGCGCAGCAAGGAGAAGGAAUCCCUUAUCACGAGCAGAUUUCCAUCUGUGACUCCGGUCAUUGGAAACCUUGAUUCCGCGGCGCAAAUUGCGAGCGAGGCUUCGGAGGCUGAUGUGGUGCUUCAUCUAGCAAGCUCGAACCAUCUCCCCAGUGCUACUGCCAUUGCGCAGGGCUUGACAAAGACGACGCGCCAAAGUCCAGCUUUUCAUCGCAGUUUGGAUCCAAAUCUCGGGCGCAAGCUCCUCUCGGGCGCGGAAGUCGCAACAAGUUCCUAUGGGCAAGCACGGGCCCAAAACCACGACGACCUGCAGGGCAUCAGCGAAAUCCGAAACAUCAUCUCUUCAUCACCCAAGCGCGCCGUCGACCAGAUGCUCCUAAACUUCUCCUCCGAACAGCCGAAUCGCAGCAUCCAGCUACCGGAUCUGGCGAAGGCGACCCUUCAGCUUGGCCAUGGAUUUCAGGUCGGGAAGGGUCUGAGCUGUUGGAGUAAUAUUCACAUUGCGGAUUUGUCAAACUUGAUUGUGAGGUUGGUUCAGGAAGCGGAGGUCCGUCAAGGCGGGAAUCCUUUGUUGUGGAAUGAGAACGGCAUUUACUUUGCGGAAAACGGAAAGAUGCCGUUCGGGGAGAUUUCAAGGAGAGUAGCCGCGUUUGCUUUCCAAAACGGCUUCACGAAGAGCACAUAUGUUCAGGAAAUCAACGCGGAGAUUGCAGAUAAAUUGACCGCACACGGAGCCGUGCUCUGGGGGUCUAACGCCCAGUAUACGGCAUCUCGGGCGCGAGAGUUGCUAAGCUGGAAGCCGGCUGGUCCCAGCAUGGAAGAGGAGAUCCCCAGAGCUGUUAUGGACGAAGCGUUGCGGCUCAAAUCUCAUCCUAAGAUCUAG